ACGAAGCGGACGCGUUUUAUCUGUGUUACCCUGAAAACAUGUGUGAAAGAUCCCCGGCAAAGGGAAAGUCGUAUUCAAGUGUAAUGUGAUCGAUGGAAAAUAGAAGCACCAGACUCAACGUGAUCGUAACAUAAAAAUCGAGCUAAAAAUAAUAGGUCCACUUGCAUAUAAAAUUUAAAAAAUAACAAAACUUGUGUGGUGAAAACAAUUUAAGGGACUUAUAAAAUGAUUUUUACCAAAAUGGCGUUGCUUACAAACAGAACAUAUUAAGUAAAUGCCAGAAGGAAAUAAUCCUGUGAAAAAAAUCUAAAAUUUGGUAAUUGCCACAAGCCAAAAGCUGCGGUAACAAAACCGUGUGAAAAACUCCGAACAAAAGCGAAAACACAAACAAGCCCCGCGGCGUUUUAAAAACCAGUCCGCGGCAGUGAGGUGGUAAAAACUGAGCCAGUAGAUCCGAGAGAAUGCACUUUGGCCAGGAGGCGAGGCCAUCAUUGGGGCUCCUGGCUGUGGCUGAGUCGACCGCAACGGCAAGUUGAUGUUGCCCCCGUCUUGGCAUCUAAUUGGGGCCCUCCUAGUGCUCGCGGCAACAGCGGGGGACUCCACCAACAAGAUCAUCUUGCCGCAGAUUCUAAACGGUGGCGGCGGCGGCGGGGGCGUCGGAACUGCCCAGGGCAAACAUCCGUCUGGAACCAAGACGGUGGCAACUGGAUUGGUUCCAAACUUCGGAGGAGCAGUUGGCAAUGGAGCGGGCGGAGGAGCACCUGUGGCUGGCAGCGGAACCGGAAGCACCGUGGUCGGCAGCAAUGGCGUGAUUGUGGCCGGAGGCGGGGCCAAUGUGCCGACCUCGAAUUUAAACAUUGUCGUCGAAGAACCCGAAUUUACUGAAUACAUCGAAAACGUAACUGUACCUGCUGGACGUAAUGUUAAACUCGGUUGCUCCGUGAAAAAUCUGGGCUCAUAUAAGGUCGCCUGGAUGCACUUCGAGCAGUCCGCCAUCCUGACCGUUCACAAUCACGUGAUCACGCGCAAUCCGCGCAUCAGUGUCACGCACGACAAGCACGACAGGCACCGCACGUGGUAUUUGCACAUAAACAACGUGCACGAGGAGGACCGGGGUCGAUAUAUGUGCCAGAUCAAUACGGUGACGGCCAAAACGCAGUUUGGAUACCUGAACGUUGUCGUUCCCCCCAACAUCGACGACUCGCUGAGCUCCAGCGAUGUGAUUGUGCGGGAGGGAGCCAACAUUUCGCUGAGAUGCCGGGCCAGCGGUAGUCCCAGACCCAUUAUCAAAUGGAAACGCGACGAUAACUCCCGCAUAGCCAUCAAUAAGAAUCACAUAGUGAACGAAUGGGAGGGCGACACCCUCGAGAUAACUCGCAUCUCCCGACUGGACAUGGGCGCCUAUCUGUGCAUCGCCUCCAAUGGGGUUCCACCCACGGUUUCCAAGCGCAUCAAAGUCAGCGUGGACUUUCCCCCAAUGCUGCUUAUACCCCAUCAGUUGGUUGGUGCUCCAGAAGGUUUCAACGUCACCAUCGAAUGCUUCACAGAGGCACAUCCCACGUCUUUGAACUAUUGGACACGUGGCGAGGGACCAAUCAUACACGAUUCGCACAAGUACAAAGUGGAAGCCACAGUCGGAUUGCCAGCUUAUAAAACCCAUAUGAAGUUAACCAUCAUCAAUGUGAGCAGUGGCGAUGAUGGUAUUUACAAAUGUGUGGCCAAGAAUCCGAGAGGGGAAACGGAUGGCAUCAUACGACUGUACGUUUCAUAUCCUCCAACCACUGCCUCAUCGGGUAUAUACUCCACGGAUUCGCAUUGGGGGGAAAAUGGGAUCAACAAUAAUUAUGCGUAUGGUGGCCCUGACUCCACGCGAUCGAUUUAUGCGCAGGAUAAAAAUACGCGAUAUCAAUCGAAUUUGAACGAAAUCGGAUUAUCUGAACAAAAAUCCUUCCUAGAUAAGACGCAGAAUCCGUUGUUGGCCAAUGGCAACGCCAACGAGGCGGAUGCGGAAUCCAACGGGUCCCGGGGUCACAACCCUUCAAUGGCCAUUGCGUGGCUGUUCGUCGUCAUCGCGACGCUGUUGUUAACAAUCCGAUCUGCGGUUGGUUCUAGCCAUAGCCUAAGUCUAUGUUAGUUAAUGCAAACCUAGCUUAUAGUUACCAGAUUUAACUAUGUAUGGGACUAGCUGUAAGGCUUUCCGAACACGUAACGUUAGCGAAUGGCAUUUGCGUAUGUAUGAUGUAUGUGUAAUAAACUAGACCCUAGUGUAAGAGACCCUAAUUACAAUCCGCCCUUUCCCCAUAUACAUCACAAGGUAUAUACAGAUAUAUAUAUACUUAUAUAUGAGAGACCAGGUCCGACUGAGCUCGUUAAGCAUAUGUAUAGCCAUCAGUCAUCAGCCAUCAAUCACACGCCCUUUCUCGGGGGUCUAUAAACACUCAUAUGCGAAUCAAUUACUAGAAGGUAAAGAUGAACCAACCAAAGGGUAAAUGCAAUUUCAUUUUGCUUUCAAUGCUGUGCUUCAAACUGAGAAAGUUUCAUAGUUAUCAUAUAAUCUAUCACGGUCUAUACUUAUAGCUAUGCAUACACAUCUAUAUAUUCGUGCGUUAAACGCUGCUGACUCACACUUGCAUAUAAGAUUACGGACACUUAAUAUAUUAUUAUACAUAUGCCUUAAGGAUUGCAAGCUGAAAUGCAAAUUAAGCUAAGAAAAAUAAGCCAUCACACAUAUCGAUCAUGGAAAUUGUUUAAUUAGGCCAGAUAUACCGAAUCACGUAUACAGUUUUGUAGAUAUAGGUAAUUAACAUUCGAGGACAAGUUUCGAAUGCAUUUAUUUAUUUUAAGUUAUCAAUUUCAGGAGAUUAAUGAUUUGAAAAUCUGAAAUUCAGUAAAAUAAAAUCAAACAUCCACUUUAGGAGUGUCAACUAAUAAUGUCAAAUUAAACGUAUUAUUUCCUGUUUAUCAUUAAUUUAUAUUAUAUGGUCCACAAAGUAUUUACACCCAGGCUCAUCGGAUAAAAUCUUGUUCGGUUAUUAAAUAGCAACAACCUAAUUACGAUGUAACUAAUAACAGAAUUAUUAAUGUACUAAUGUAAAGACAAAACGAAAUGUUAAACAUUUAAGCUAAAAUAAAGGAAAUUUAAAUUGUGUUGCUUUAAAGACAAAUUAAAUUAGAAGCAAGAAAGCAUGUUGAAUGUUGAGAAAUAUAAUUGAAUUAUCGCAGAGCUAUGGACACAAUGGAAAAAGGAUAUACAAAUAUAUUACAUUAUAUACAAUUAUAGACUACGUAUAUACAAAGAAACACACGCAUACACGAACUACACUUAUGUAACAUGUAUUUAAGCAUAUAAAAUGAGUUGUAACUGAGGCAUUAAAUUAAAUAAAAAUCCCAAAAAGACAAAUAAAGCUACUGAAUGGCAUUCACGGGGCAGUCACGGAAAGUAAUGAAAGUGAGCAAAUUGAAAUAAAAACGAAAUGCAUCGGCAAGGAACAAGAAUGAUGUGUUAAAUGCUUAAUUAGCAACCAAAUUAAAUAAUGCCCAUGCAAACACCAAGCAUUCAUAUUAAACAAAAUAA